CCUCCAUGGCGCAUGCGCCCUGCAUCCCUUCCCCUCCUGGGUACCAGUCAGCGUUCCCAGGCCCUCGCGGCCGGCGGAAGAGAUGGAUCAGCGUCACGAGCGCCCGGCCCCUUAAAACGCUGCUGGCUGGAGCCGCCUCCCUCCCAGCAGCCCGCGGCAGGGAUGGAGUAAGGGGAGACCCAUCGACCUGUCCACGGGGAUAAGCGAUGGAACUAAAGCAAUCCUUAUCUAUCCAUCUGGAAGCUGAGAAGCCUCUGAGGCGCUAUGGAGCGGUGGAGGAGACGGCGUGGAAAGCGGAGGGACUGAGGAGAAGUCAGCUGGACAUCAUCUCCAUGGCAGAGACAACCAUGAUGCCAGAGGAGAUCGAGCUGGAAAUGGCGAAAAUCCAGCGUCUCCGGGAAGUUUUGGUCCGACGGGAGUCAGAGCUCAGGUUUAUGAUGGAUGACAUUCAGCUGUGCAACGACAUCAUGGACCUGAAGCAGGAGCUGCAGAACUUGGUCGCCAUCCCAGAUAAAGAAAAAACCAAGCUGCAGAAGCAGAGAGAGGACGAGCUAAUCCAGAAGAUCCACCGACUGGUGCAGAAGAGAGACUUCCUGGUGGAUGAUGCAGAGGUCGAGCGGUUAAGGGAACAAGAAGAAGACAAAGAAAUGGCUGAUUUCCUGAGAAUCAAGUUAAAACCUCUAGACAAAGUAACUAAAUCUCCAGCCAGCUCCCGAGCCGAGAAGAAAGCAGAGCCCCCGCCUAGCAAGCCCACAGUGGCCAAGACCGGGCUGGCACUCAUCAAGGAUUGCUGUGGGGCCACCCAGUGCAAUAUCAUGUAGCCCCCAUGUGGGGUGCCCCCGGGGCCACGGGGACUCCCCCUCCCAUCCACUUGUCUUCAUAGCCCCCAUUUCACUGGGGCCCAAGAGCUCUCAAAGGCGGAAGGGGUUGAAGGCAAGCCAGUGACUGCCGCCGGGGCUGUGGGCGCAGUGGGCGGGCCCAGCCGCCCUGUACAGAGUGUAGCAAUAGGGAGUCCCUCACCGUCGCAUGGCCCUCCCCAGAGCAUGCCGAACCCAGGAGUCUGUCUCACUGUUUAUCCAAACCACCAGGAAAGGUCCUUCCUCAAAAAAGUGUAUCUCCACUUCUAUCUAGCUGUAUCUAACCCACCAUGCUAAUGACUUGGGAGAGGGGCAUGAUCCCCAGGUGUGUAUAGUUGCAACUUUUCAACAAUCUAGCACCAUGUUGGACACAUCCCCCACCGACCCUCCUAGCUCUGCUGUCAGGCCUGCCCCAGGGGCACAGCUCCAGUCUGUCCUUUUCCAGGGCCUGUGUUCUGGAGGGCUCCACACUGCCUACACACCUUGGAGACAGAGGGCCCAUCCGUGAAAGUGAGCUUGUGUGUGGUGUAGUGGUCACGUCUCCCGCUUCCUCCCCUCCUAUGCCUGGGCACGGGUCACACCAGGACCCUGUCCAUUUGCUCUUGGUUCUUCCUUCCCUUGCAAUGGCUGCCCAGGUAUGUGGAGUAGAGGGGAUGGGGCCUGGGCUGGAACACACCCAGUUCUUGGAAGAGGUAGCAAAACACCAGAGGCUCCAACACCAAGGCAAGGGAGACAAGCAGGGGACCCCCAAGCAGAUGCUGACCCAGGCGCUCUUCCCUACCCCAGGGGCCACAGGAAGGAGUGUCAGAGGACCCCACUCACCAGCCCAACACACAGACCUCUCUAAACUACAGUGGCAGGCGGGAGAGGCGGCCUGACCCAACCGUGUCCCAUCAUUUGGUGGUGUACUUUAACCAGCCUAGCAAGUCCACCUGUGUAACUUGAUGUACAUAAGCUACAGCCAGCUCGGCACAGCCCAUGUGACCUCUGUACGUGUGUGUCGUGACCGGCCUAAGUAGUUAGCAUAACUCAAGAUUUGCUGAUGUGCAAUCAUCCAUUGAAGAAAAUAAAAGUGGAAACCACGUACACAGCACUUUCAAAGUUUUUACUUUUUUCUUGACUAUGGAAAUAAUCCAUGUACAUAGUAAGUCACUUUAAAAGUAUAGAAAGUAGAAAGAAUGCUUUGGGUUCCUUUUUGAGCUCCCAUAAUUCCUCCAACUAGAGACUACUCUGACAUUUUGGGAUAUUUCCUUUCAAUUUUUUUAAUGCACUAAAAAAAUGAUUGGCAUCCUAUGUACCAUUUCAUAACAAGUUUUCUCUUCUCAUUUAGCAUUAUAUCACUAUCAUUCUCCCACAUCAUUAAAAGUUCUUUGUAAGCAUUAAAUACUCUUCAUAAAAUA